AAUUCAUAACAUUUUAAGGAGUGAUUUGAUAUCAUGACAGUUGUUACUUCUGAGUUCGAGGUCUCUUCUUCCCUCCCAGCUUCCAAAUUUUUCAAUGCCUAUCGUGACUUUAACAACAUUGCACCAAAGGUCGAUCCGGAAACAUACAAAACCGUAGUGACCGUCGAAGGUGAUGGAGGCGCUGGAACUAUCAGGGACAUCUCUUUUGGCGAUGGCGUCCCAUUUACAAGCGGAAAGUCGAAACUUGAUGUUGUUGAUAGUGACAACUUCACUGUUGUUUACACCAUCUUUGAAGGAGAUGUCUUGAUGGGACAACUAGAUUCAAUGACUCAUCAUGUUAAGUUUAUACCUUCACCUGAUGGAGGAUGUGUAUACAAGUCUACCAUUGUGCAUAACUGUAAAGGUGAAACUCAACUUCCUGAGGAAGCUAUCAAUAUGGCAAAAGAAGGAUUCAAGAAAACUUUCAAGGCGAUUGAGAGUUUUAUCCAUGGAAAUCCUCACACUUAUUAAUCAAUAUUAUAUUGAUGGUGUGUCAUGUUCAUGGUCCAGCAAAAAUAAAAGGGAUUUCAAUCCUGUAAUAUUUUAUGUGUACUUGUUUUGUUUGAUAAUUUAUAAUCAUACAAGUAUUGUUUA